AUGUCAAUAAGAUGCCACCCAUGUUCUCGCCAUAUCUCUAGCAUCGAUCCAGAGACGCCUACCGGAUACGCAGUGCUCUUCAAGAACGGGCCCCUCCGUGCUUGUACGGGAAUGCCUGGCAGCACCGGAACUACUAGUUGCCGGAUGGUCUGGACUGGUCGGGUUGCUCCAGAUGCCUUUGGAGAGUACAAUUCUUAUCCUUACGAUGAACCCACCAGCACCGCCGCCACCAUUACCUCGACCAUCCUUUCCUCGUUCUCGUCUUCGUCGCCCACGGCUUCAAGGACUUCAACGGUUCUGGUAACUGCUGGUGCCUCUUCGACCACAUCUAACACUGCUGUGCAAACCCGGACAGCAACCACUUUAUCCGCUUCUAGCUCCUCAGCGACCCGUUCUAUCUCCCGGACCCUCUCUUCAAACACAGUUAUUUCAACUGCUUCCACUGAAUCUACACCGCCCAUUCCUCCUGGAGGAUCUCCCAUAAAAGCCCGGGCCAAACGCAUACUCAGGGGGCUCUCUGCGGGGAAUUAUGAUGGCAAUGGAGUAGCCAACGACAUUGACGAAGCAUUCAUAUCCAAAGUCUGCGUUCGUUCUCUGCAAUGGCCGUUGCAAAGAUUGUGGAACACUCAACGGGAAGAUGCUGUAUUCAUUGGUUUCCAGUUUUGGGUUCUCGGCAUGUCGGUUGUUGCUCUCCUCAACGAAUCAGUUCCUCAUAUUAUCGCCGCAUUUCUGACCCACCUUCUAUCAACUGGCUGGUCCAUCUUUCAGCUCGUUCAGACUGCCAACUUUCGCUUCGAGUUCAACCGUCUAACAACCCGUGGAGCAUGCGGAGGUGUGAAUCUUUUGCCUAUUUACUGGAAGAUGCGCGUGAAUAUCGAGAUUCCGACCUUGGUGUUAAACGUAGUCGUGCUUCUCAGUUCCGCUUACAUGUCGUGGAGGCUUCUCAAGACAUUUGGUUGGUUGACAUUCAAACGAGUGGGCGCAUCUCUCGAAAUCAACCGCAUGUACCGGGUUGUUUUGUGCCUUGCCAUCGUGCUACAACUGAGUUUAUACUUCGUGGUUGUAUCCAUGGCUCUCUGGAUCCAAGAGUUGUACAAUGGCCCUGCUGCCAAGGAAACGAUUCUAGCACCUCUAUAUAAAGCAAUCGUGGCAAUCCAGUUGGUCGCUCUAGUACCCUGGCUUGUUAUGGGAUGGUAUGCGGUCCGCCGCGAAAUGCGUAAAACGAUGGUCGUCUUUUCGCUCUCUCUGCCUUAUUUAUCGUCGCAUGGGCCGGCAUUGAGGAUGAAUGACGAUACCGAAUCGGUCGUCGACUUUGAACCAGCCAAAGCGCCUGAAAACUCGGAAAAGGUCGAUUUCCGACGCAAAAUGCGUUCCCCACAUUCUCGAGCGCGUUCCGUCGCGCUCCAAUUCGAUCAAGUCGCAUGUCCGGUCCGAUUCGGCGAGCAGCUCUCGGUCCAAGUCGAGCGUGGUCCCGCCACGCACGGUUCAGCGGUUACCCCCUAUCCGUGA